GGAGGCCGCAAAAACCCUCCCAAAAACUUGAAAAAAGUACACUAAAAGAACCCAAAAUAUGAGCAGAGAGUUACCUCCCAAGUAUACCGCCAAUCCCCCAUGUUUUGAAAACAAAAGCCCAAAAUGGCGCUUUUUAUUUCACCCCCCUUUUAUUCACCCCCUUCUCUCCCCUUUCCUUUCACUCCAUCUCUCUCUUCUCUUCUCUUCUCUCCAACCCCUUUCUCUCUUUGCACCCAAAAGGGUAAAACCUGAAGCAAAGAAGCAAUGGCGGGUCAGGAGAAUUGUGUGAGACUAACAAGGUCUACUGUUGCUAAGAAGAGAACAGCUGAAUUGGCUGGGAUAACAGAUGAGAAUGUGAACAAUAAGAAAAGGGUUGUUUUAGGUGAGCUUUCUAGUAACGUUGAUGGGUCGGUGAGUAAGGUUCAAGGGAAGAAACCAACAACAACAACCCAGAAAUUGCAAUGUAAAGGGAAGGUGAAAGCAAAGUCUAAAGUGGUAAGACGGGUUCUUUUGGAAGGUGGAGAUGAAAAAAAGGAGGAUUUUGAUGCUAUGUCUAGUGACCCACAAAUGUGUGGGUAUUACGCUUCUGAUAUUUAUGGAUAUCUUCAUCAAAUGGAGGUUGAUCCAAAGAGAAGACCUUUACCUGAUUAUAUCGAGAAGGUGCAAAAGGAUGUUAGUAUGAGUAUGAGGGGUGUUUUAGUGGAUUGGUUAGUUGAAGUUGCAGAGGAAUACAAGCUUGUUUCAGAUACUUUAUAUAUGACUGUUUCAUACAUUGAUAGAUUCUUAUCUUUAAAUCCUCUCAAUAGACAAAGGCUUCAAUUAUUGGGUGUAUCUUCAAUGCUUAUUGCCUCAAAGUAUGAGGAAAUCACUCCUCCAAAUGUAGAAGAUUUUUGCUAUAUAACUGAUAAUACAUAUACUAAAGAUGAGGUGGUCAAAAUGGAAGCAAAUAUACUUAAGUCCUUGAAGUUUGAAUUGGGCAAUCCUACAGUUAAAACAUUUUUGAGGAGAUUCACUAGAGUUGCACAAGAAGAUUACAAAGCUUCAAGCUUGCAGCUAGAGUUCCUUGGGUGUUAUCUUGCAGAGUUGAGUUUGUUGGAUUAUGGAUGUGUAAAAUUUUUACCUUCCAUGGUUGCUGCUUCUGUUAUCUUUCUUACAAUGUUUAUAAUUAAACCGAAGUGUCAUCCUUGGAGCUCUGCCUUGCAACGAAACUCGGGUUACAAAGCAUCUGAUCUAAAAGAGUGUGUCCUUAUCUUACAUGAAUUGUAUUUGAGUAGAAGAGGAGAUUCACUUCAUGCAGUUAGAGAAAAAUACAAGCAACAUAAGUUCAAAUAUGUGGCAAUAAUUCCAGCUUCACUGGAGAUUCCAGCUUCUUAUUUCAAAGAUGUUCAAGAAGUUGAGAUUAUUGAUGUUGAAGAUGUUCAAGUGGUGGAAGUUUGACACAUGAUUUAUGGUCUGUGAUUUUUGUAAUUCAAGGCUUGAACGUGGGUGAAAUGUAUAUGAGAACAAGAUGGGACUCUUGCUGAUGCAGCACCUAUGAUGCAUGUGGUUGCUUGAAGAUGUAUAUGUCAUUGCUGGUGGUAGUGUGCUACCAACUAACAUGGAUAGAACUUCAGUGUAUUAGUGAUUUUCGGAACAACCAUAUUUAAUUAUGACUGAUUGAUUACAAGUGGUUCUUUUUGCUAUGUCAAUAUUGUUGAAUGAUGUAAAAUAUUGAUUGAUUACAAUUGAUUUUUCAAGCAUUACGGUUGAAUGAUGUAAAAUAUUGUUGACAAGUUGAUUUCACUACUUGGUAGCAUUAAAUAAUCAAAGCUCAUACCUAUUUGUAGAA